UCCGACAACCGACCGACAACCGCCGUCCAUUCAUAGAGUGACUUAUAUUUUUUGUGGGGUCGCAAGAUCUCUCCGAUCCGAUCCCAUCCCAUACGAUCCUAUCCGUUCCGUUUGGAUACGAUCCGAUCCGAUCCGCAACCGAUCCGCAGAAUCAGUUAAAGAGUCCGGGCCCGAUCGGUAUUCGGUACAAUUCGCGAGUGAGUUUUUCGCGAGCGCGGAGGAGGUGGAAAAUCCCACGGUUGUUACGCCUUUACGUUCUCGAAAUGAUCGGCUAGCGAUCCGCCAGAUCAGAUCCAUAUGAACGGUCAGCGCGAGUGUUCCGAACGCGAGAAGAAUUCUCCUCGACUCGACUCGCCGCCUCGAAUGUGUGCGUCUUGUGAUGUUGGGAACAUGGGAAAAACGGGCGCAAAGGAUGCGCCACAACUUCUGCGGAGAUCGAAAUUAACGAAAACAUAACUGAGGAGCAAAAAGGAAGAGAUUCAGCCAAAAGGCAGCGGGUAUAGCGAAUAUAAAAACCAAAAUAAAAAGUGCGGACAAAAUCAGAGUCGCGCGACUUGGGUCUUCGGCCUGGGAUUCUGAUUAAAGCGCACGUUUAAUUUCAUUUUUUACGCUACUCCCUGGUCGUCCUGCAUCCCGCCAUAUACCAAAUCCCCAUAUCGCGGGGCCAACAAAAAAAUAAAAAACACAAUUCCCCAGUUGGACUCCACCCUUGGCCAGGCUUUUGAUUCGCUGUUCAACUUUUUGGCCUGGGACUUUUUGUUUGUUUCGUUCGCUGGAUCGCGAAACCCGGCCGACAACUCCUUGCCAAUAUUCCUUUUGGCCUUUUGGCUCAGUACGCCGGCAGCUUUCUCCGUGUGCGUACGCAGCCCCAGUCGCAGACAGCAGCGAAAACAAAAAAGUGAAAGAUCGGGAAAGAUCAGCCAGAUCCGACAGAUCACCUCGGAUCAGAUCGGUGAUCAUGUCGCCCGGGAUUCCGCCACCGACCGCCAACUUCCCCCUGAUGAAGUACACACAUAAAAAUAUCCACUCAGCUCGAGCCGCUUGAUUAAUUCGCACACGUCAACGGUAUUCAACUAAGCAUCUCGUGUACUCAUCGUGGCCGCAAUAAAAACGGCGUUAACUUUUACUACCUGCCAAAAAAAAUACAGCAAAAACAUUAUAUAUACAUAUAUGUAUACAUAUAUAUAUUGCACUCACUCACUAAACAAAGUAAAUUAAAACAGCUCAACGGGCCAAAAUUUGGUUUGUUGCCGCUACAUUUGGCGGCUUCAAUCGAUAUGCGUUUGCUCAUGGUAAUUGCAAUUUUAAUAUUCGCAAUGCCAAUGACUGGAUUCGGCUGGGCGGAGGGCACCAACAUCCUUCUCGAUCCAAAUCUAAUGUGCAAAAAGACACGUCGUCUGCGCGGCAAGUUGGCCGAAAUCUGUCGGCACGAUUCGGCCCUGCUCAAAGAGAUCAUCAUCAAUGGCAUCAACCUGGGCUUCCGCGAAUGCGAGUUUCAAUUCCGCAACCGCCGGUGGAACUGCACAAUUCUGCGCAAGAGCAUGAGGAAAAUCUUAAUGCGCGAUUCCCGAGAGACGGGUUUCGUGAACGCGAUCACAGCCGCUGGAGUGACCUACGCCGUGACGAAGGCCUGCACAAUGGGUCAGCUGGUGGAGUGCUCCUGCGAUAAGGCGCACAUGCGCAGAAACGGCGGCCAGCCGCAGAUGGUGACGGCGGCCACGGCAGAGGCAGCACUGGAACGGCAGCAACAGGCGGCGAUGCUGCGACAACAAAUGCCGUUGCAGGAUCAACAUCCCAGUCAGCGGCUGAGUCGCAUGAACAACACCAACACCAUGACCGAUAUAGCUCCGGUGGAGCAUAGAGGCGGGCGAAAUCGUAGGCCCGGCGGAAGGCGGGGGCGCCGCAAGUUCUGGGACAACAUAAAAUUUCCGGAGGGGCAGUGGGAGUGGGGCGGUUGCAGUGACAACGUGAACUUUGGCCUUCGUCACUCGCGCGUUUUCCUCGACGCCAAGCAAAGGCAAAGACGCAGCGAUCUGGGCACGCUGGUUAAGUUCCACAACAAUAACGCAGGUCGACUGGCCAUUCGCGAUGCCAUGCGGCUGGAGUGCAAGUGCCACGGGCUGUCCGGCUCCUGCACGGUGAAGACCUGCUGGCUGAAGAUGCCUCCGUUCCGGGAAGUGGCAGGACGACUGCGAGACCGGUACGACAGUGCCAGGAAGGUGACGUUGCGCAACGACGGGAACAGCUUCAUGCCGGAGAGUCCGUACGCGAGGCCGGCGAACAAGUACCAGUUGGUCUUCGCAGAUGAAUCCCCCGACUUUUGCACACCCAACUCCAAGACGGGAGCACUGGGAACUCAGGGCAGGGAGUGCAAUGUGACCAGUUCCGGAUCGGAUCGAUGCGAUCGCUUGUGCUGCAAUCGAGGACACACACGCAGGAUUGUGGAGGAGCAAACCAACUGCAAGUGCGUCUUCAAGUGGUGCUGCGAGGUGACCUGCGAAAAGUGCCUGGAGCACCGGGCGGUCAACACCUGCCUCUGAGAGUGUCCUUCAUUACAUGUAUUACUUUCUUCGGUUUAGUCAGGAAUAGAAUUUUGAAAGCUUUCCAUUUCGCGUGAUAGAAAACACACACUUACAGAGAAAACGUUUUAAGUAUUAACUAACAAGUAAACACGAGUAUCUCUAAUCUUUUAGCUAGUUGUAAAUACGAAAUAAAAACCACAUAAACAUGCCUACGUUAUAUCAUUCAUAUGCAGCUCAUGUAAGCCUUGUAAAUAGUCGCAAUAAAAA